UACCCGGCACCGGCAUCUCCAUCACGCCGGGAGCCGCCCCCGCGCUGCCGCCAGUGCUGGGGGCGGCCUGGGGGGAGUUGUCCCUCGGCCCCCGCCCCCGGAGGCGCGGCCCGGCCCCUCGCAAGGGUAGAAAGGGCCGGGCGGGGGGUGCGCGGCGGCAGAGUGCGGAGCGGCGGCGCGCAGGGCCCGCGGUGCCGGCAUGGCUCUGGAUUUCCUGGCGGGAUGCGUUGGCGGUGCUGCUGGUGUGCUGGUGGGACAUCCCUUUGACACUGUUAAGAUGACAGAUAAGCCUCAUCACGGGAGAGUUACCUAGUUCGUCUGCAAGUUCAAAAUGUAGAGAAACCUCUCUACCGUGGGACUUUCCAUUGCUUUCAGUCCAUCAUAAAGCAAGAAUCUGCUUUUGGACUCUAUAAAGGUAUUGGGUCUCCAAUGAUGGGACUGACGUUCAUUAACGCGCUGGUAUUCGGUGUGCAAGGAAACACCCUUCGUGCUCUGGGCAAAGACACUCCUCUGAACCAGUUCCUUGCAGGGUCAGCAGCAGGAGCCAUCCAGUGCAUCAUCUGCUGUCCCAUGGAGCUGGCAAAGACAAGGAUGCAGCUUCAAGGAACAGGAGAAUAUAAACUAAAAACGAAGAACUACAAAAAUUCUCUGGACUGUUUGAUCAAAAUCUAUCAAAAGGAAGGGCUGAGGGGCAUCAACAGGGGCAUGGUCUCUACCUUCAUAAGAGAAACUCCAAGCUUUGGCUUUUACUUCCUAACCUAUGACUGCAUGACUCGGUAUUUAGGCUGUGAAGCUGAAGACAGUUAUGUUAUUCCCAAGCUGCUGUUUUCUGGAGGGAUGUCGGGCAUCGUCUCGUGGCUCUCCACCUACCCCAUGGAUGUGAUCAAAUCGCGGCUCCAGGCCGACGGCGUCGGGGGCGUCACGCAGUACAGCGGCAUCCUGGACUGUGUCCGAAAGAGCUACCGGGAGGAGGGCUGGAGGGUGUUCACCAGAGGUCUCACUUCCACCCUUCUCCGUGCUUUUCCUGUCAAUGCAGCUACCUUUGCUACCGUCACCGUGUUCCUGAUGUACAUGAAGUCAGAAGACAGCCUUCCCGAAUGCGAGCCAGGUCCGGUAAUCCAUCAGCCUUCCAGUUUGUGAACCUUCUCUCUUUGUUCUCCUCUUCCAAAGCCCAGCUGGUUGGGUUUUGUGAAACUUGGACACUUGACCCACACAGGUAGUGUAGAUUUAUGCUAUCUGUAUAAAGAAUUCCUAAAUGUAUCCAAUUAGGAUUUCAUCUCACUACUUGUAUAAACAGCAUCUUGCCUUAUUCAGGACUCCACAUCUAGUAGUAUUCAAGUUAGAGGGGGGCCUGCCUUUAGAAAGUUGCUGUUGUGGCUCCAGAAAAGGCUCUGGAGAGUGUUCUAGCACCAGAAAUGGAGUUUUCUUUCACUCAGGUUCUGAAUGAUGGAGUUGAGUUGAAUGCAGAAGUGUUUUCAUGAAAGAAAUACUCAUUUUGUAUGUGACAGGAGUAAGUGCACUCCUCUAAGGUGAAGAAGGGGGAAGAAGUUUAGUGGUGGAGGCAUUUUGCAGGUAACCCUGAACUGUAAAGGUAAGGACUAGCAUUCAGCUAGUCCUGUGUUUUAGUUUCCCUUUGCUUUUAUAUGUCAAUGGUUUUAGUAGCAACUUUGUUCAUACUGAUUUGUAAAAAACAAACGAAUUUGUACCUAAGUUACUCCCUGACCUUUCAGCUUGGAAUAAAUAUCUUAAGCACAAAGUUAGCAUCUGCACUCAAAUGCACUUGUUCUUUAAAUCUCAAGGCUUGUAAGGAUUUAGGGAAACUCAAGUCUAGUAGGACUGGUGUUGUUUGCCCUCACCUCUUUCUCAUUUGGUGGGUGCACAGACUGCAUUGAGUAGUUGAGUCCAGUGGACUUUGUUCUCUGAAGUUUAUGUAACUUUGCACCACUUCUCCCAACAUGCCCCAUAGCAGCCAGUGAUGUACAGAAGUCAAAGUCCUGCCUGUGGUAUUGCACAAAAUGUUUGUGGGUGCAAUGUUAGCUUAGCAGCUUGAAGUAUCUUAGAAAUACAUACGUAUUUAGGACUGGAGGUUUCAUACCUUUCCAGAAAAAAGGGGUGUAAGUGUCUGAAAUGGUUGCUGUUCAAUACACUUGCAUUAUGAAUUUAAACAAUACUGAUUUUUAUGUAUUUAGUUACAGUGCUACUGGAAAGAAGACUGGAAAGGGUUUUAGAGAAUUUUCUUGUUACAUUAAUCUGCUGUAUUUUCUUUACCAGUCUGUUGAAGAAGAAUUGAAUUAGCCAAAGAGCUACGAACAGUUAUUUAAGAUUUGAGCUAAAAGCUACACACAUUUGGCACAAAGAACGAGGAGGGAGGAUUGUGUGUGUGUGAGCAAUGUUUUAAAACAUAUCAAACUAGUUCAGUAAGUACAACUUGUUACACUUUUGGUUGGGACAAGUGCAAUAUGUGUUUAAUAUAUAUAUGAAUUUUCUAAAGAAGCGUUAUUUCAUAGCAUUUUGCACUGUAACAAAAUAUGCUGGAGAAACCUGUAAAAUUGGUAUGUCUUUUUAUACCUUGAAGGUAUGGUGGAUGUUUUAGUGCCUACUUGCACUGAGAUUCAAAUUGAAUGUUAAAUCUGUCUACUAAGCUGCAUAUGCACAACAAAUCACAGCAAAGACCAUUUACACCUUUGUACAGGAGUAUGUCAAUUCUUGUAUAUAUAUUGAGGGAAUAAAUUUUUUUUUUUAAUUUUC